AUGGAGCACCUACCCAUUCAAGAUGGGCGAAAACGAAGAACUGUGACUUGGAGUUUCAUCCCACCUGCCGCGCCAUAUUUUGGUGGAACCUGGGAACGUCUAGUUCAAUAUUCAAAACGUGCCUUCAAUUUCGUACUCAACGAGCAAAUUCUAACCGACGAUACCUUAGUCACCACGCAAAUUCAAGUUGAGAAGAUUCUCAAUGGCCGCCCGUUAAGGUAUGUAAGCGUAAACCCGUUGGAUCCUGAACCCAUAACGCCAAAUCAUCUUCUCCUUGGGCACGAAAAUCCGUACAUACCUUUUGAUCUGUUCGACGAAAACGACAUGACGACCAAAAGGAAGUACCGCAUUGCUCAGUACCUCACUGAAUUUUUCUGGAGACAUUGGAUGAGAGAAUAUCUUCCCAGUCUUACGGAACGACGAAAAUGGCUACAUGGACAAAAGAAUCUCAACGUUGGCAACAUCGUGAUCGUUAUCGAACCAGGUACACCCCGUGGAGAAUGGCUAAUCGCUCGUGUCGUCAAGGUGUUUUCCGGCCCAGAUGGCGUAGUCCGUUCCGCGAUCGUUUCCCUUCGUUCGGCUACCAAAAUCUCCGAACUUCACCGCCCGGCUGUGAAACUCUGCUUGUUGGAGUCUUGGGAUACGGAUGGUGCAUCCGCUUACAAACGCAGAGCCGGCUAUGUUCCGAAUCCUACAACUCCGAAAGAGCUAGAAGAGGCUUUGUCGCGAUCGGUAUUGUGCCAUAGGCGAGAACGGAGGCAGGGGAACAUUGACGACUGUAAAGACAAGGGAAGAACACGUUUGGCGGCGUUAAUUAAAGACCAGAAUUCGCCAGUUACAGUCGCGUCAAUCGUUUUCCAUGUAACAGUAUUGUAA